AUGACUACAGAAAUUCCUUCCACAGAUUCUUCCCCUGCUUCUCCAUCCAAAAUUUCUAACCCCUUCCUCAAUUUCACCGAUGUCACCAAUCCUUACCGUCUUGACCAUGGUGAUAAUCCAUCGAUCUCUUUUGUUCCUGAACUUCUUACAGUUGACAAUUACACUACUUGGUCUAGGGCAAUGCGUAGAGCCCUUAGAGCCAAGAACAAAUUAGGCUUCAUCAGUGGUGCUAUCACCAAGCCAACUAGUUCAGACGACCCUUUGUUUGAGGCCUGGGAACGUUGUAAUGACCUUGUGACCUCCUGGGUGCAGAAUUCCAUCUCCCCAUCAAUCAAGUCUAGCAUAGCUCUUGUGGAUGAUGCUGCUGAGCUGUGGGAUGAACUGAAGGAGCGGUUUACUCAGCAAAAUGGUCCACGAAUCUUCCAGCUCAAGAAAGCCCUUGCAAGUUUGCAACAGGAGCAAGAUUCAGUAAGUGUUUAUUAUGGGAAGUUGAAAUCAAUUUGGGAUGAGCUCAAUCUGUUCGACCCUUUACCUGACUGCACCUGUGGAAAUUUAACUACACUUUCUAACAGAUACCAAAGGGAUUGUGUGAUAUAG